UCCAGACUUCAUAAAAGGAGCUGUGAUCAGGGAGCUAGACAGAGCAAGCUCGGGAGCCAGUGGCUCCCCUCCGUGUGUUCUGACUAUCCAAGUGACUUCCCUCCAGCCCUCAAGCCAGGACCCAGCCAAGCCUCUGGACACAGUGUGGACCUGCCUCUUCCUCCCAGAAUGAUCCUAUUGGCUUCUUGGCAGCUGGUGCUAAUCCUCUGUGUCGCCACCUCUGGGGAGCGGCUGGCAAAGGUGGCACCCGUGAACCCUGGACCCACAGGCCAGUGGUCCGGACCCCAGGAACUCGUUAAUGCCUGGGAAAAGGGCCCGCGGUAUGCAGAGAGCGAGCCUGAGGCUGCGAGGCUGCGCGCUCGAAGGACCUCGCCGUGCCCUCCGGUCGAAAGCCCCGCGGGGCGCCAGCGGCCCCUGUGUGCCUCCCGCAGUCGCCUGAUUCCUGCGCCCCGCGGAGCCGUGCUAGUGCAGCGCGAGAAGGACCUGUCAACCUACAACUGGAAUUCCUUCGGCCUGCGCUACGGAAGGAGGCAGGCGGCUCGGGCGGCUCGGGCGGCUCGGGCGGCUCGGGCGGCUCGGGCGGCUCGGGCGGCUCGGGCGGUUCGAGGCUGAGUGCUGGGCUGCAGGUGGAUUGCAGCCCACUCCAUCAGCAGAGGCCAAGGCCGGGAGCUUCUAGACUUGUGUAAUAAAAGCAAUGCUGUGGUCUUACCG